AUGCAGCAGCAGGCUGAUCGAUUGGCCAAACUAAAUGCAGAACUCAGGCGAAAGCAUUGCAUAAAUCGGCGGCAAGCAGAUAAACUACUUGAGGACAAAACUGAUCUUGAACUGCAGCUACAAGCCAAAGAGCAAUUGGUGCGACAGAUGCGUGAUCACAUCGUAUUUAAUGCCACCUCUGGUCUAAACAACGUAGAGCCUCCACAAGAAAUUGAGAAAACUAUACAUUUUAAUGCUGACAAACAGCCUCACAUAUCUGGUUCCUUUGCGCUUGAUGAGGGAGAUGAAACAGGACUAGGUAUUUCGAUUUCACCGUCCAUGAGCACAUCAAUAACAACGGAUAUUACUUCGCCAGCUAAUCAUGUGAAUAAUAUUGGUUGGGGCUUAAAUAUUUGA